CUCAUCUCUCAGCUGAAAGUUUUCAACAUGGAUUCCCGUGAAUUCCGGAGAAGAGGGAAGGAGAUGGUGGAUUAUAUAGCUGACUAUCUGGACAGCAUUGAGGGACGUCCAGUGUACCCUGACGUGGAACCUGGCUACCUUCGGGCCCUGAUCCCCACCACUGCCCCCCAGGAGCCAGAAACAUAUGAGGACAUAAUCAGAGACAUUGAGAAGAUAAUCAUGCCAGGGGUAACACACUGGCACAGCCCCUACUUCUUCGCUUACUUCCCCACGGCCAGCUCCUACCCGGCUAUGCUUGCGGACAUGCUGUGCGGGGCCAUCGGCUGCAUUGGCUUCUCCUGGGCUGCAAGCCCAGCGUGCACAGAGCUGGAGACAGUGAUGAUGGAUUGGCUGGGGAAGAUGCUGGAGCUGCCAGAGGCCUUUUUGGCUGGAAGAGCUGGGGAAGGGGGAGGAGUGAUCCAGGGAAGUGCCAGCGAAGCCACCUUGGUGGCCCUACUGGCUGCUCGGACUAAAAUGAUCCGCCAGCUGCAGGCAGCCUCCCCAGAGCUGACACAAGCUGCCGUCAUGGAAAAGCUUGUCGCUUACACAUCUGAUCAGGCACAUUCCUCCGUAGAAAGAGCUGGAUUAAUUGGUGGAGUCAAAAUAAAAGCAAUUCCUUCAGACGGCAACUACUCCAUGAGAGCUGCUGCCCUUCGAGAGGCCCUGGAGAGAGACAAGGCGGCUGGCCUGAUUCCGUUCUUCGUGGUUGUCACCCUAGGAACCACAUCUUGCUGCUCUUUUGACAAUCUCCUAGAAGUGGGUCCCAUCUGCAACCAGGAGGGUGUAUGGCUGCACAUUGAUGCUGCAUAUGCAGGCAGUGCCUUUAUCUGUCCUGAGUUCCGGUAUCUUCUGAAUGGUGUGGAGUUUGCAGAUUCCUUUAACUUUAAUCCCCACAAGUGGCUUUUGGUGAAUUUUGACUGCUCUGCCAUGUGGGUGAAGAAGAGAACUGACCUAACCGAAGCCUUUAAUAUGGACCCUGUUUAUCUGAGGCACAGUCACCAGGACUCAGGACUCAUCACUGACUACAGGCACUGGCAAAUCCCACUGGGGCGAAGAUUUCGCUCCCUGAAAAUGUGGUUUGUUUUUAGAAUGUACGGAGUCAAGGGGCUGCAGGCUUACAUUCGAAAGCACGUGAAGCUGUCUCAUGAGUUUGAGUCCCUGGUACGCCAGGACCCUCGCUUUGAAAUUUGCACGGAAGUCAUCCUCGGGUUGGUCUGCUUCCGGCUAAAGGGCUCCAACCAGUUGAACGAAACUCUCUUACAAAGAAUAAACAGCGCCAAAAAAAUCCACUUGGUUCCGUGUCGUCUCCGAGACAAGUUUGUGCUGCGCUUUGCCGUGUGCUCCCGCACUGUGGAGUCUGCCCACGUGCAGCUGGCCUGGGAGCACAUCCGAGAUCUAGCGAGCAGUGUGCUGAGGGCAGAGAAAGAGUGAAAGCAGAGCCGCUUCAGAGACCCAAAGUUGAAAAAAAGUUUUUCCGAAAACUGGGAAGAGAAAAAUAACCACCCCUCCGUCUUCGUGAAAUCAUGCUUGUAUGUGGCGUCAUGUGUGUCUCCAAAAUUAACCAGAAACUGCUGAUUGACUUUUCAGUGACUUCUCAACGAAGAAAUACUUUCUGCAUUAUCCAGGGAAAGUAUUCUCUGUGUGGAAAUUAACACCAGUGGCUCUAGCUUCUGUUCUUUGUGUGGCCGUGAUUUCUGUUGAUAAUAAGAUGUCUCUGUGUUCAUAAAGUCGUAGGUGGUAGAAAAGGCUUAUAGAAAUAUUUUCUAGGGCGGUCUUUGGUCUUUGCCUUUCUUGCUGGAUAUCUCUGGCUGUUAACUUGUCCUCUGUGUGGCUAAAUACUUAAUAAACAACCCGUGUGCAAUACUAACCGCGUUGAGUCAGUUUUACACUGUAUUAGACUCAUUCUCGUGAACCUGACUAACUCUUUCAGACAUUUUGUCACCAUGGGUUUAGUGAGAGUCUGGUAUAUGUCAGUCACCAUUCAGAAUCAUUAACAACACAGCACGUUCUGCUUAGAGUUCAUGAAUUCAAUUUAUAAAAUCAUUCCGGUUUUAGAGGAAUGUUAUUUUUGGUAGGUUUAUUUUUAAGUGUGUGUGUGUGUGUGUGUGUGUGUGUGUGUGUUGCUCAGGAGAGGCCAUCAGAUCCUCUGGAGCUAGGGUUAUAGGUAGUUAUAACCCAUCUAAUUGUAGGUGCUAAAAACCAAGUAGGUUUUCUAGAAGAGCAGUGUGCACUCCUAGCUACUUAGCCAUCUCCCCAGUCCCAACGUAUGUGUAUUUUUGCCCUUUGAAGACUUUAGAAUUGCCGAUGGCAUUCACGUGUGGUCCUUGUGUUAUUAGCAGGUGUGGUGGUUUUAAGUGUCCCUUGACAGGAUCUAGAAUCAUCCAGGAGACACGCCCCCAGGGAAUCUCGAAUUUAGGUUGCCUAUGAUUAUAUUGAUUAUGUUACUUGAGGUGGUGAAAAACACCCCUAGUGUGGGUGGCAUCGUUCCUGGGGCUUGGGUCCUAGACUGUACAAAUGGGACGUAGGGGUUAUCUAAAAGGCUGGAGUAUUUCGUUUUAAAGUUGUCUGAAUCUUUAGGGAAUAGAGUCUUAGAUCUCAGCUUAUGUCCAAACCCAGGAAGAAUACAAUCUCGUCUAACCGUGGCUUAUUUUUAGUCUUACUAAGAGCUUCUACUGCUAUGAUAAAACACCGUGAGCAAAAGCAACUAGGGAAGGAAAGGGUUGAUUUGAUUCACACUUCCACCUCACAGCCCAUCAAUGAAAGAAGUCAAGGAAGUAAUUCAACAGGAACUGAUGGUUCCACACUUGUGCAAUCUGAGGAAGCCAUGAAAGGAAGUCAGUGAGCAGUGUUCCUCCGUCCCUCUGCUUCAGACCAUGCCUCCAUAUUCUUGCUUUGAAUUCCUGACUAGACUUUCCUUGAUAAUGGACCGUAAGCUGUAAGAGGAAAUAAACUCUUUUCUCCCCAAGUUGCCUCUGAUCAUGGUAUUUAUCACAACAAAAAGCAGACUAGGAGAGAGUCUUCUCAGGAUAGGUGACAGUGGGGGACAUUUGGUGCUUAUGGGACAAGGUCCAUUUUAUCUGCCUGGGUAAAUCUUGCCUUUUAUUCCAGCUAUACAUUAUCCACAUAGAACUCAGUAUUUCAAAGCCAGGUGCUGCACCCCUUUAGUCCCAGCGCUUAAGGAGCCAGAAGCAGGCAGGCUGAUCUCUUGAGUUCGAGGCCACCCUGGUCUAUAAAGUGAGUUGCAGGACAGUCAAGGCUACACAGAGAAACCUUGUCUUGGAAAAUCAAAACCAACCAAACAAAAGAGAAUUGAGAAUGCCUGGACGUGUAGCACGUGCAUUUAAAUCUGUGCUUAGUGCAGUUGCUCACUGGAGUACAGUGACCUCUGGUGGCAAUGAUGCUAGAUGCUGCCUGUGUGACCUCAGGUGUUUGCAGAUUACAGACACUUCUACGGGGAGUUGAGAAAGACCUAGACUUAUCGGGACACAGCAGAAAGCCAACAAAAGACUUAUCCUGGAACAUCUCUUGUCUACAAUGUAGCAAAGAGCAGUCUUCCUGGAACUGGAGACCCAAGUCAGGCUAUAUACCUACCAGUCAGCAUACGGAAAAGCCAGAGCUAGGACAAGGAGCUGCCACCUUGUGGCCUCAUCAUCAUCUUGAGGACAACUAGGGAAAAGGAUAUAGGAGAAGACCCCAAGGGAAGGCAGGGCUGAACUUUGAACUAGGGAAUCCAAUCGAUGGUAUAAACUGAAAAAUGGUCUUAUUGGUAUUCUACAGUUGAGGAAACGUGGUGCUUACCCUAUAGCGUUUUGGCCGAAAGGAUUUCUUUAUUGUUUUUUCAUAAUAAUAUAAACUCCCAAAUAUUAAUAAUUUUCACUCCUUUGGUAUCAAAAUCUGUUUCCCGAGCACCUCUCUAGGCGUGCCAUAACAUACCCUUGUAAAAAGUAGUGGGAAAAAUAAUACAGAAUCACUAGCAGCGUAAGUUGCUCACAUAAACUGGUAAUAUUUGAAAAGGUUUUUUUAAAGAAACUCGUGUGGUUCUCAAAAGCAGACAUGCAAUAUACAGUUGCAGGAAGAAUUAUGGUAUGCCCCCAUCGCCUGCUCAAACCAGAAGCAGAAGGAUCCACACAUGGACCAGUUUUUCCUAAACACAGGAAAUUCACAGCAGCCAGAGGCCAAAAUACCUCAGCUUGAUUAAGUCCCUCUGCUCUAACCUCGUAAGAAAAGUGGGCUGAAGUAAGCUGAUAUCAACCUGUUAGGUCCUUUCCAACAGUCUCGGCUCCCUGCUUUACGGAGCUGGCCCUUCUAUUCCUGCCCAGUACAAGUUCUCAUUCUAUUCUGUAGAGUGAAGAGGGUUGCUUCGUUCAUGAAUAUAAAGGCUGAUGAGAACUUUGUCAGACUUGUUAAAAUUCUGCCUCUGGUUGUAGGGGAGAGCACCAGCUAAUGAAAACUUUCCAUCACGACUGUACGUUCCAUUCACGUUAGGCUACCCUGUAUCCAAGGGAUGGCUGGAUCUCCAAUCUUCACUGGGUCUCUUUCACCAAGGCAGGUCUGCAGUGGAAAGCUGCAGCAGUCAGGAGAAUUCCAGCCAUCCAUAUUCAGGGAAUCUCAGAGAAAAGAGCCAGAUUCAAUUUUGUCCCAUCUUCUUUCCUAUCUCUACAACAGUCUACUUCUCACACUACCUACAAACAUAUUUUAGAAAAAAAAAAAACCAACAAAACAUUAUUAUUGUGUGUUUGUAUGAUGGGUGGAAAAAAGCACACACGCCAAGAGGUCAAAGGACAACUGUGUGGAAUCGUUUUGUUUUUUUUUUCUCCUUCCACUUCUUCGUGGGUUCUGAAAAUCAAACUAAGGUCACCGGGUUUGCACAGUAAAUAUCUUUACCUGAGACAUCUUUCUAGCCCCCCAAAUACAUUUUUUUUUUCUGGAAGAGGAUGCCUAUUACUUGGGAUCAUUUUGUUUCUCCGAUCAAAACAAAUUAGCCAACUGAACUGUACACAGGCAUUGUCUGAGAUUACGUUUAGAAACUCAUGGACACAUAAACAAUAAACUCUCCCACCAAGGA